AUGGCUGCCGUCGUCGUACGAGUUAGCGAGCAAUCCGCCAAACCACCGUCCGCGUUGAAAGACAGUUUCUGUCCCGUGACGAAACAGAUCCGGCGACACUGAUGGUCGGCCUUGGACAGAGGAGCACGAAUGUUCAACCGCAGCGAAUGUUCAACCCUCGGCGUUGUACGUGAUGUCACAUCAAUGCUGUGAAUAUCCCGGUCUCCGGAGGAGCACGACGUGCCUAACAGAACUGCCAGACGUGGCACCGUGCAACGGCACAGUGCGACUGCCACCGCCGUGCGAGGAUUCGCCAAGCAGCGGCAGCAGCAAAGACCGCAGGGAAGAGAGUCCUCGCAGAAGAUGCCGGGUGUUGGCGCCCAUCUUGCUCCUGGUGGCGGCUCUGCUUCUUGGUGGGCUUUGUCUACCAUUGCUUCUACAAUCCGCGCCUGUCACGCAUCAGCAGAGGCUGGACGUGAUCAGGAGGAUCCUCACUGAAGUGCCUCUGAUCGACGGGCACAACGAUUUGCCCUGGAACGUCAGAAAGUUCGUACACAAUCAACUGGGCGAGGUCAAUCUGAGCAGCGAUCUCGGCAGGGUUGAUCCUUGGGCCAGAUCCGACUGGAGUCACACGGACAUUCCUAGAUUACGUGCUGGUCUCGUCGGUGCACAGACAAAAGACAGAUUAUCGCGUGAAAUUCGUUGGCCAACAUGUUGUCGUAACACGGCCGACGGAAUUGGGAAUUCCGUCACGAUUCCCAGCCACUUGGAGUUUCGCUUCGGGAAUAAUAUUGGCGGGAUUGGUUACCGUUUAAUGGCACCGAAACCCGCUAACUUUCGAUUGAAACUAUUUGGUCGGCUUCGGAAGGAACGUAUCGGUAAAUCCCAAGCAAGUUUAUGUCCAGACCCGCCGGGAGUAAUCCGAAAGCGCUCAAUUAAAUUCAAAGGGAACCUGUCGAACCGGCGGGGAAGCCGAAUCUGGUCGGAAACCGAAGGGGGAGGAGGGGAGGGGGUUGCUUACAGCCGAUAUUCUGGGUGCGAAUCGAAUGCAUAAUUGCAACAGAGUGUCGAUCGAAAAAUUCCAGAUAACGCUCCAGUGUUUAAUUAAAUGCCAGAGUUACAACACGCGUUGUAAACACGCGUUACGUUCCGUAGCACGGUUUAAUUGAUGCUCCGAGCAUCAUCGUUCCCCGAUUAUUGAAUUUCCAAAUAAUUUGAUGAAAAAUUGUUUGCGAUUGAAUCGCGUAAGAAACAGGACAGGACAGGAUGCUCGUCAAUUAUUCUUUCUUUCUUUCUUUCUUCUUUUCUUUUUUUUUUCUUUUUUUUUUUUUUAUCGUUUCGCCACACAUCGCUGAUUUGUUGAACGGGUGGGUGUAUUAUUGCAAAGAGUAAAGCGAGUAAUUGAUAAUUACAUUGUUUGUGUUUAAUUGCACGAGAAAUAACGCGUUUAAUUAACAACGCGGGUUGUUGACGCUGGGUUUGUUGGCGCCCAUUUGUAUCGAUAGUUCGGUAAUAAAUGCAAACUAAUUUGGCCCGUUUGUAAUUACGUUUAAUGAAAUAUUGGAAUGGUCAACAAAUUGGAAACGGACGUUUCGAAGAUGCUGGUACUUUCGUAUCGCCAAGUAUCGACCCUCAAAUACUAUCAUUCGGUCGUAGAUUACUCGAAUAAUUUUCUAUUUUAUUUCUACGUUCUCCGUAGUAGAGAUUUCGAUAGUCGUGAUUUCUCAAUGGUUCAAUGAUGUUAAGAGUAAAUCUAUCGUAUAUCUCUGCUUUUUACCGAUUGUGAAAAGAAUACAGAAUAGCCGUUAAUUUAAUAUAGGAAACAAUAUUGAUAGCAAAUUUGUACAUUUUCAUUUCUUUUAACAAGAAUUGA